UCCCGGUUACGGCGGCAGGACGCCGGCCUCAAGACCCACCUGGACCAGCUGGACCUGCAGAUAAGUGAGCUGCAGCUGGGCAUGUGCAGGGCAUCAGGAGAGGGCCCAGACAGCGACAGCAGGCCCAGCUCAGGAUUCUACGAGCUGAGUGAUGCUGGUUCCUGCUCUCUGUCCACCUCCUGUGCCUCUGUAUGCAGUGACCACCUCGCCCCAUCCCUGAGCAGUCUGCUGCCUGCCUGCCAUCCCUGCAAGCCCAGGCCCGGCAUGGGUGACUGGCGGCCCCGAUCUGCUGAUGAGAGCACCGUGCCGCAAUGGACACCCCAGCCUGCCGAGGAGGGUAGCAGGUGCCUGGACAGUGAGGCAGGCGCAGGCCGGCCCCGGGGUGUGUUCCGGCCUAGGCCAGUGUCCACAGGUGACCUUGAGAGGGUCCUUCCAGUGGACGAGGGGCUCCAGAGUAUGGGCGCAGAUGCUGUACCCGCCUCCCUCCUCUGCCAGGGGACCGACGGCCCGGCCCACAUGGUGGACCCCACCUACCAGCGUGACCUCGUGUCCAGGGGGGGCCGGGAAGUGUACCCAUACCCCAGCCCACUGCACGCAGUGGCCCUGCAGAGCCCACUAUUUACGCUGGCCAAGGAGAGCCCCUGGCGGCCCAGCCACUCAUCCCCCAGGAAGCUGCUCUUGGUCCCCAGGGAUCAGAGGACAUCCCUGGUAGUGCCCAUCUGUGAAGUGGGCCAACCUAGAGCCUACAUUGACAGGCUGCUGCGCCUGCGGGGCCUAGAGGCCGCCCAGGGGGGUGUCUUUGGGGAGCAGGGACCCUCAGGACAUGAAGUGUUUCCUUUCCCACGGAAGCCAGGGGACCAGGAACAGGGCAGUGGAGGCCAGCCCGAGAAGCUGGCCCACGCCCCAGGGAGAGGGAGCCUGGGAGUGAGAGCUUCAAGCCAGGCUGGGCAGGGGGAUGGCUUCAGGCAGCAGGGACCCACACCCCUCAUGGACACCCCACCCUCUAGCAGCCCCUCAGAGGAGGGGCCUAACCCCUGGAAUCCCUGUGCCAGUGGCAAGACAGCUGUGGGCCCUCCUCCCUGCCCCCAGGCCCAGCAGCCCCAUAGCAGCUGCAUCCUGGCCGCCCCCAGGAGUGUGGGCCGUGAGAGCCCCCCACGAGCCCUCGGGUCCUCUGUCCAUCUGCCUUGUGCUGCUGGUGAAGCCUCCCUGUCCAGGCUGAGGACAGCAAUCCCCAAGACCAAGGCCGUGAAGAUCAGGAGGAGGGCCAGUGACAAGGCACCCCGGUCUGGGAGGCAUCCACCGCCCCUCCCCAAGAGACACCAAGGUGUCCACGCAGCACCCCAACUGGCCCCAGAGUGGGACCUGUGGCACAGGCCCCAAGGGCGUGGGCUCCAGAGGAGGCCCUCACUGGCCGGGGAGGCCCCAGGACGGUCCUGCUCAGAGUCCACCCUCUACCCCAUGCCCUUCCUCAUCCCCCUGGUGGUGGCCCAGCAGCAGGGCUACCAGGCAUCAUCCCAGGCCCUGUUCCCCGCUGACGCAGCCCCGCUCAGCUCAGCUGCGAGGAGGAAGCAGCGCCCCUGGAAGUCCAGCGUGGAGAUCUCGGGCAAGCCCUGCCCAGCCAGCGGUGCUGAGCCCACCAGACCUGCAGCCAGGAGGGCAAGUGGCCCGCAGGCCCAGGACAGACCCGUGCUGGUCCGUCAGGAGGCCAGGAGCGAGUCCGACCUCUCCGAGCACUCAGCUGAGUGCUCUUCCCUCUUCCACUCCACCAUCGCCGAGAGCAGUGAGGAGGAGGCAGCCAGCGACCACACUGCCAGCCGCUUCGGGGACGGGGAGUCCAGCGGCAGUGACUCAGAAAGCAGCGUCCAGGGCAGGAGCAGCCGCCUGGAGCCAGACCGGGCGGUGGCCGGCCGGGGAGAGCAGGCGUGUCCUCAAGCAGCCCCCCAGCAGCUCUCCCGGGCCCCAGCCGGCAGCAGACCCCCUCUGCCUCCCGUGCCCAGACUGUGCCGCAUCAAGGCCUCCAAGGCCCUGAAGAAAAAGAUCCGCAGGUUCCAGCCAGCGGCACUGAAGGUCAUGACCAUGGUGUGAGGCUGCUGCGCGAGCCGGGAUGCCACGCCAGUGCGAGGGGCAGGUGUGGGUUUGCGCGGCACCUUGCCCGCAUGCUUUAGCUUCCGAAGUUCGUGUCGUGAGCCAUCUGUGGGCUCUGACCCUGCAGCGUGGUGGGCCAUAUUCCCUCCCCAGCAGCGAUGUGCAGAGAACUUUGACCUUUUGGACUGCAUAAGCCACUCAGCACCAAGCUUCUCCUUCAGCUGGGGGUGCCGGGGCAGGGUUAGGGGCUGUGUUGUUUCCUGAUAUUGUGAAGCCAUUUCUUCCCAAAGCAUUAUCUUAGCGACACCCUUGGCUCCUGGAAACUGGAUUGAAUUUGAGCUCCAUGUUAAGUUCUCAGUGUGAAUAAACAUCCAAAUUAUGCCAUGA